UUCUCUCUUUGAUACACUUUCACUUAUCAACAUGAUGAUCUUCAUCAAAAUGAUUAUGUUGUUGUGUUUCGCAUUGUAUCUAAUAUUUCCAGAGCAGGUGAUGUCGGAAACAACAUCAACAGACAAUUCAAAAGAUCAAAUGAACAAAAAAUCCACCAGGACAACAGAUGACGAUGAUGAUGACGAUGAUGAUGACGAUGAUGAUGACGAUGAUGAUGACGAUGAUGGUCAAAGUGGUCGCACUGAUGAUCCUGAUGAUGAUGAUGAUGAUGAUGAUGAUUAUGAUAGUUUCUUAAAUCGUUUAUACUUGCUCAUUCUUGGAUUACUGACGAGAUUGUUUGGCAUUCAAACUGGAGUGCCUACAAAUGGUACUACUACUACUACUACUACUACUGAAGUUCCUACGACUAAUAUGUAAAACAUGCUUCCUUCAAAGUUCAUAGAAUGAAAUUGUUAUGAUUCAAUCAACAUAAUUUAUUAAUUAUAUUGUUGUGUAAACUAUUGGUGAUAAUCGAUCCAUGUGUAAACACACAAAUUCAAUUCAAUGUUCAAUGCUCUAUCUAGUUCUUUUUUUUCUAUUUUAUUAAUUUCAAAUUGUAUGAAAGAAAAUCUGUUUCUUAAAAAAAACUAAUACAAUAAUACUUCAUUUUAGAAUAGAUUAAUUUUUAAUCAUUGAAAUAAAAAGGCUAUUAUUAUGUU